CAAGCGACGGUUGUGUGGAGAAUAUGGGUGGUGUGUUAACAACAGCAUUAUGUGCUAAUAGACUCGUAUCGGUGUUAUAAGCAAAUGCUAUAUUUAUCUUGAUAAAAUAUUUAUGUGGAUCAUCUCAUAAAGCGAUGGAAACCGUCACGGACGAAGACGUAUCUAAACUCUCUAAGAUAGAGCAACGCAAAGUGAAAUUGGCAGAAUAUCUUGCUGCAAAAGGAAGACUGAAAAUACCUAAUCCAAAACCAUAUCUCAAGGAGAAGCCUGUUACAAAGAAAUAUGCUGAAAAGAAUCAAACGUUUAAAAUUACAGGUGAUGGAAAGGAAAAUUGUGGUAUCAAUGGGGAAAACAUUCAAGUAAAGAGAGUGAAGACAUUGGCAGAGGUUGAUAAAAACACAUCCUCGAAAAAAGGACUUCACAUAAAUUCACUAGCCAAAGCCCAAACACAGACUUCCAGUAAAUUGCAGAAUCCUUGCCGGGAAGGCAUUCGUGUUUUGAAGACACAGAGCAAUAGAACAGUCUGUCUUCAAAAUCCAAGGAAACCCCACAAAGAUGAGAAAAACUCCAGGUCAUUCAAUGCCGCUAAGAGGAAUAAUUCACAAAGCAUUCAGAAUGCCCAACCCAAAGCUCAGCCAGCUUCCCAUGCUGCAAAUAAAGCACAAAUGUCAAGAAAUGUCAAUUCACAGUCUGGACGUGGCAUCGCAGCCCAAAGCCGCACAGAUCAGUUUCAUGCCAAGACAGAUAUUCAGUCAAUGAAGCCUUUGGCUAAGAAAUUAACAGAAACAUACAUCAAAACAAACUCAGUUGCUACUUUGAAGAAUCGAAGAACAAUGAAUACAAUCGAGACAAAAAUGCAGGCAAACAGUGUUUCUAAAACCCAACUGCAGUUCUCACGCAACUGCAGUUCUCAGAGCAAUAAGCCAGUAAACCAGAAAUCAAAUUCAGUGAUAAACAGGUCAGAUGUGAAACAGAGGAAAGAUAUUCCGUCCAUUGUUUCGAAAGUAGAUGCCAUAAAAAUUAAGUCAAAUAGUUCUGUCACAAACAGAGUAACAAGAGCAAGUGCCUCCACAUCUAAACCCGCAAAUAGAGAAGGAUCAGUGAUCAUCAAAAAUAAACAGUCUGCUGCUGUUAAACAUACUAAUCUCACUGCUCCUACCAAAGCACUCGGUCGAAGCACCAAAAGUUGUGUAGAAUCCCGAGAGCUUCAUCAGCCCACUCGGACGUCCAGCCAGGCCAAGCCUGCGGUACAGUUGCAGACUCCUAAAUCCAGAUUCUGUCCCAAUACUCAUGGUGUCCGAACAGCUCCAGUAGAUGGAAUGAAGAAGCCCACUGCAGCACAAGAGGAGAGACUGCGUAAGCUCCAAGAGUGGCGGGAGUCGAGGGGCAUCACAUAUAAACGUCCUCCCAUGCCUGUCCAUCUGGUGAGGAGGAAGACGGUCUCUGCUAUUCCGCAGCCAUACUGGACUUCUAUGGAGAAUGAAGAUGAGGUUCAUGACAUUGUCUUUGCUGUGGACCGAUCACUAGAUGACUGCAUUAAAUUAUUACAGCAGGGUUUCCCAGUUGAACAGGUCAGAGAUGUGCUGUCUCGAGUGCCAAUGGCACAGAAGUUUGCUAAAUACUGGAUUUGUCAGGCCAGACUAAUGGAAAGAGAAGGAAACCUGGAGGUGCUGCCAAUGUUUCAGGAGGCCAUCCGUGUAGUGAGAGAGCCGGUGGAUGAACUACGAUCUGUGGUUUUUGAGAUCCUUAAAAAGAGACAAAUUCAAGGUUUGUCUCCAAUGCCAAAAGAGUCAGACGCAGUAGAGACUAGAGUGCAUGAUGAACUGGAAGACAUCAUGUGCACCCCAAAACCUGUUGGUGCCGUCAUAUGUGGAAGGAGGGGAGACUCGUCUGUUGUCAAAUAUAAAAUUACAGCAACACCAGGGGGUAAAAGGAGUCAGCAGGGAGCAGAACCAGGACAAGUAGACGGUCAUGAAAUCCGUUUCUUUACUCCAGUGCGGCGUUCGGUGCGGAUCGAGAAAACCGCUCUGCGCUAUCUGACUGCUUUGCAGGAACAUGACCCCUGUGUGACCUCUCUUUGUGACCUCGCAGGUGAGAGUAAGGAAGAGGUCAAAGAGGAAUCGCGACCCCAAAGCUCUCCUGUGUAUGUGUACCGAGAGAAUGAAGCACUGAGAGACCAUGUUCACAUUAAACUCGUCUAUCCAGAGGAGGAUGAAACUUGAUUAUGUUUAUUAUCAUUCAGUGACCUUAAUUUCCCACAUAGAAACAAUGAAUCUUUUUUAUCAAUUUAAUUCUCUUCACUAUUUCUCAGUAAAAUGUAUUUUGUACAAUUUUAGUCAAUCUUAUAUACCAAUAAAAACAUCUCUUGCUAGAGGUUUUGCUUUGGCUCUCACAGUUAGAUGCUACCUAAUUGGUUCAUAGCUUCAUUGCUAUGAAGAAUCUAAACAUUAAGUACUGCUACAUGUACAAAUAAGAUGAUAGCAUUGUCUUAAUGUGGUGUAAAAUUCUGAAGCUGUCCAUACUGAAAAAUAUACAAUAGAAAUGUCAGUAAGUCAAACUUCAGUUGUAAUUUAUGGGUCCGUCUCGAUCUGUUGUGCUUUUCUGAGCAAUAGCAUUCAUGUAAGAAACUGUAUUUUGCAUGCUAAUUAAACUAUAUUUGAGUAACUGA